ACUUAAGUUAAGAUUUGGCAUGCUGGGUGAGUCCUUCUCUGGAUGCGAUGAAACCUGAUUUUGAAUUGUCUUAUCUUCGUCCUGAGGAAGUAUUUUGGCCUAUCUACCCUGUUAGCAUUUUGCAAGUCUCGAUCUGGUCGUAAAGGUUGAAGCGUUUCGUCGUAAGAGAAAUCUAUGUUGAACUGUGUUUGAGGUUCGGACAUGGAAGCUGACGCUCAGACAUGAUAUUUGAUUUUCGUUCAAUAGAAUAUUUAUUAUUGAAAGUUUUAAACGGAUCAUUUUACGGCCGUAGAUUUGGCUUUCCCAAAAAUGAGUCGCUGGCAUCCUUUGUCUUGGCUAAAGUCUAUCUAAACUUUGUUUUGUAAGCUUAAAUACUACUACCAAGGUCUAUCAAGUCCAAAAUAUUUCCAGAAAAAAAGAUGGGAAUAACGGGAAAUCUCACUCCACAGCAAUUGGAUUUCUUCAAUAGUCAAGGGUAUAUUGUAAUAGAAUCAUUUGCAAGUCCUGAGGAAAUCAAUGGGAUGAGAGAUAGGAUGAAUGAGUUACUGGAUGGAUUUGAUUGCUCUGUUACCUCCAUAUUCUCUACCAAAAACCAGAAAGAAUCGACUGAUGAUCACUUCUUCGAGAGUGCUGAUAAGGUUUCGUUUUUCUUUGAGGAGAAGGCAUUUGACGAUGAGGGAAAACUAAAGCAGUCAAAGCAGCUCUCUAUUAACAAAGUUGGACAUGCUUUGCACGAGCAUGAACCAGUGUUCAAAAACUUCUGCAGUUCAGGGAAGUUACUGAGUAUGCUAGUCUCACUGGGUUAUAAAAGUCCAGCGAUCAUUCAGUCAAUGUACAUAUUCAAGCAACCAGGUAUUGGAGGAGAAGUAGUGCCACAUCAAGAUAACUCUUUUCUUUAUACUAAUCCCACUUCGUGCACGGGGUUGUGGUUAGCUUUAGAGGAUGCAACAGUUGUUAAUGGCUGCCUUUGGGCUAUUCCUGGAUCUCAUAAAAAUGGCCUUGUAAGAAGGUUCAUUAGAGAUGAGAAUGGGGUUCAUUUUGAUCGUCCCUCACCAGAUUAUGAUCAAAAAGACUUCGUCUCCGUUGAAGUAAAAGCUGGGUCGUUGGUGGUCAUUCAUGGCGAUCUUAUACAUCAAAGUUUUGAAAAUCAAUCCUCAAAAUCAAGACAUGCCCUAAGCUUGCACGUGGUUGAUACGAAAGAUCAUGUAUGGGCACCAGAUAACUGGCUCAGAAGAAGGGUGGAUCCUGAACCUCUUUACAUCUCGUCCUGAUCAAACAGAAGUCUCUCGAUCUUUGUUCACGAGAUUUCAGUUGAACAAAUCAGUAUCUCAAUAACUAAGUCUCUUAAUUUGUUGACCAGGUGAAAGAAGUUUGUCAUGCCUUUGUUGUAAUCUUGUUUUAUUCACUUCUUUUUAGUUUGAAUCCUCCAUCUGCAAAUAUAUAAAGGGUAGUUGUAGACUUGUAGUAAUGUACAGUACUCUUAGUUCACCUUUACCACCUACUCAAUGAUUUUACUAGGUGAUUUUUAGACUGCA